AUGGGACGCAAAUCCAAGCAGCUGCAUAACGAGGCGAUGCCGUCCUCUCAAAAUAUCGGCGAUUUACUCAGAGCAACGCCGCGGCCACGGCCUGCCAAGAUGGCGCCCGCGCGGGAAGCCCCUGAUCACUCCUCAGAUGACAGUAUGGAGGAGGCCGCUGAAGCAAGGAGCACUAGAUGGGAGAGUACUCCACCUCCUGAACAAAUGCCGGCAAGCAAAGCAGACAUCAUCCAUCUGCUUAAGGAGCUUAAAGCUCAAUCAGCAGCAGACGUGGCCCUAAUCAGGGAAGAUUUGGGUGCCAUGACAGCCCGCAUACAGGCUGUGGAGGUGAAUGAAGCUGCCACAACAGCCAAAAUUGAAACCCUGCAAAGGGAAAUGGCCCAAAUGAAGAAGACCAGCACUAUAUUAGAAAAUAAAGUGGCGGCGCUGGAAGACGCUAAGCGCCAGCGAAACCUCAGGAUAAGGGGGAUACCAGAGGCUGUGCAAGACUCUGAGGUCGCACACUACCUACGCCGAUUACUAGCCUCCCCGCUACUACAAGCUAAAGCAAAAUCCAUCUUGGUGGAGUUUCACUUUCGCAUACCUAAGCCACCAAGAGCCCCAGCUGACGUCCCACGGGACCUACUUAUCCGCUUUCAAUCUCUCCGGGGCAAACUACUAGUACAAGAAGCAGCCCGAGAAACUAACACAUAUGAGUUUGAAGGUUCUGAGCUACUUUCUAUAAUGACCUCUCUAGGGCAACAGUCACAUGGCGACUCUCCAUGA